GAAAAUCAAUAUUAAAGAGGAAAAAGAUGUCUAUUGAUGAGGAAAAAAUAAGAGGGAUAGGAAAGGUAUUGAAUGAUGAAACGAGGCCGUUGAAAGAGCGGUUUCGUGCAUUGUUUUCAUUGAAAAAUAUUGGAGGUCAACUGGCGAUUGAGUCUAUAGAACAAGGAUUUAAAGAUCCAUCAGCUUUGUUGAAGCACGAGCUUGCUUAUUGUUUAGGACAAAUGCAGGAUCCAAGAGCUAAUCCUGUUCUUAUUAAUGUUCUCAAGGAUGUUAAUCAAGAGCCUAUGGUCAGGCAUGAAGCUGGUGAAGCACUAGGAGCAAUCGGAGAUGAAAGCGUAAUUCCAAUAUUAGAAGAAUACAGCAAAGAUCCAGUGAUCGAAGUUGCUGAGACCUGUCAGCUAGCGCUGAACCGCUUGAAGUGGUGGAAAAAUGCUGAAAAAUCAUCAGAUAAAUCCUCUGAGAAUCCUUAUGCGUCAGUGGAUCCUGCUCCGCCGCUACCAGUCAAAGAUGUUGAAGAAUUGAAAAGUAUUCUUCUGAAUGAAGAACUCAGUCUUUUUGACAGAUACCGAGCAAUGUUUUCAUUAAGAAAUUUACGGAGCAAGGAAUCAGUUUUAGCGCUGUCUGAAGGUUAUUAA